AUGCGCUCCGUGUUGAACGGUUUUGCCGCAUUUUCACGCUUUGUUCCUGUUCCGACGCUGGCACGUGCUAGCAUUCAAUGCCGUUGGAAGAGUAUUCGACCUGUGGAGGAGUUGCAGCGUCGUGUCGGACAACUCGUUGGGGCGGGUGACGUGCGAGGGGUGGUUGAUGAAAUCCGCAUGGGGUUAUCUCAGUCUGUCUUCUCGAUGAAGGCGUUUGCAAAUGCGUUAUUUCUUCUUGAGCGCACCAAAAACGAGGACACUGCCAUGGACCUUGUCAAGCAGGUACAGGAGUCAGGUUUGGUGGGGUUAUGGGACGACGAAAGUGUGUUGGCUGUUAUCUUACGACUACAGUGUGCCGCCGGUGAUGCUGCUGGAGCUACGAAGAUGUUUUCCUAUAUGGUUUCCCAUCAGCUGCUUCGUUUGCGGAGUGUUUCUGUCUUUCUUUCUUUCUGGUGCAAACGUCGGGACCGCCGCAUGGCUUUCGCUGUGUACGAAGAGGCGCUACGGCAGAGGAUGGAUCUGAGUAUGGAAGACUACCUUGCAAUCGGUCGCCUCUGUGUAAAUAUAGGUGAGCCUUUAGCCACGCUCCACUGCUUGUUGCGGGAGAUGCAGGGGCACGCGGAUGGCGUGUCUGCAGCGGUAGCGGAAGAGGUGAUUCGGCCUUGGGCUUUGAGGGGUGGGAUGGAGGUAACAGACGUUACUUUUCCACACAGCGACGCAAUGCUUCCUGCUGGAACGUGCUGUUCUUGCUCCAGCGUGUUGAGCGGGCACCGUUUCACAGCGUUGCAAAAGAGUAAGCUUUUGAGUGACGUGGUGCAGAUUGCCAUGGAUGGCGGGCGGAAAAAUUCACCACGUGCGCGGAUGGCGUUUGAGACCUGGCGACGAUUUAUUUCUUCACACGGACACUCUAUCGAUGUUCUAGUGGACGGCGCUAACCUUGGCUACUAUGGCCUCAGUAGUUGGUAUGCCUUGGCCAAGCGAGAGCUGCUUUUAAGGCGUGGAAGAAAAGAAAGCGACAUUGCACCACAGGAUGUUGCUUGGUCGAAGCGCCGCUUUGUUGAUGUGUCCGUUAAUUUUGAACUUAUUGAACUCGCUGUGCAGGAGGCUUAUCGCCGCGGCAUGCAACCGCUGGUUCUGUUACACGAACGACACUGCGAACCAAACAACGUCACAGAUGUUGGGAAAGCAUUAGUGUCGAGGUGGCGUCGCGAAGGUGUGCUGUAUUGCACUCCAAGUGGUCUCAACGAUGACCUUUGUUGGCUGUACGCCGCAUUGGAGCUCACCACACCGACUGAUGCCGUUCCUCGUGAGGAGAAGGGGAAGACGGUGUUGGUUUUGACGAACGACUUGAUGCGUGAUCAUCACUUCAGACUUCUCAGUCCCCGUCAUUUCUCCCGCUGGCGCGAUCGCCACCGUAUCGCGUUCAAAUGCUCGCGCGUAGACGAUCGCACGCUGCUUCAUUGGGAAAUGCCAGCACCCUACGCGCAGUGCAUACAGGAGCUGAGCCCCCUCACUUGGCAUAUUCCCAUUUCGACAAACCAGUGUGGAGGGGAGGACGAUGAGACGGAACAUCAUAGUGCUGUAGAUUCCUUCACAGAUAGUACCAGUUACCAAUUUGAGUCUGACCGACACGCUGAACGUGCUGAAAGUGGACCUAUCCAUCCAACUCAACCCUCACCCCUUCAAGUUACACAGCCUUGGUUAUGUGUACGCUAG